AGAUUCUCAAGCUUUACAGCUCCAGUUUCCCUUUCCUUUGCUGGUUUUGCAAUUCUUUCAGAUGGGGCCCUUAGAAGACCAAAUUUGAGCUAGCUAGUUAUCCCCUGACCUUUGACAAAAUUUCGAAAUGCAAAAUAUUAACUUCGAUUGGAUCUAUUCCUGAACUGAACAAAGUAAGUAGCCCAUUGCAAACUAUUACGCUUAUAAAAUCUAUACCAUGAAAAAAAAAAAUCCUUUAGAAGGAAAAAAAAAAAAAAAAAAGCAAAAAUCUACUAUUUGCCUUAGAUGGGAAUCAUGGGGGAAAGUUCUGAGGACAACAGACAGGAUGUUUUAAGGUUAAUUAUUAAUGGGUAAUCUUUCUUAACAAAGUAUCCAUCAUCCAUUAUUUUUCAGUUAUUUGGCUACAGAAUUUAAGCAAGAGGCCUAUGUUCUAAGAGGAGAGCACAAAGAAAUGGAAAGUUCCUUGUGGGCUUCACUUUUUUUAAUCUUCUCCGUCCUAGUCCAAUUAAAUGCAUAUGGAAGAAGACCGGAACCAGAAGCAUCAUGGAGAAGCCCCCAAGACCUGGAAAUGGACGAAAAGUCCUUCAAGACAGAGACCAGGUUCCUCCUCUACUCCAGUGAAAAGGGUGACCGCUGCCAGCUUCAGCUUCAUCAUUUAAACACGCUUGACCAGUGCAGCUUCAAUUCAUCUCUCCCUUUGGUGAUCAUUGUCCACGGAUGGUCGGUGGAUGGCAUGCUGGAGAAAUGGAUUUGGGAAAUGGCAGCAGCACUCAAGUCUCAGAAAUCCAAUCAAGUGAAUGUGAUUGUGGCUGACUGGAUCACCUUGGCACACCAACACUAUGCCAUUGCUGUCCGAAACACUCGGCAAGUUGGCCAGGAAAUUGCAAGUUUCCUGGAGUGGCUAGAGGAGGCCGUUCAAUUUUCAAGAAGCAAUGUUCAUCUAAUUGGGUACAGCCUUGGAGCUCAUGUCUCAGGAUUUGCUGGCAGCUAUAUUAAUGGUACAAACAAGAUUGGAAGAAUUACAGGACUAGAUGCAGCUGGUCCCUUGUUUGAAGGGACAUCCCCCAGUGAACGCCUGUCACUAGAUGAUGCUGAUUUUGUGGACGCUAUUCACACAUUCACCCAGGAGCACAUGGGUCUGAGUGUGGGGAUCAAACAGCCAGUAGCACAUUAUGAUUUCUACCCCAAUGGAGGCACCUUCCAGCCGGGUUGUCACUUCUUGCUCAUGUACAGACACAUCGCACAGCAUGGCUUCCAUGGGAUCACAGAGACCGUGAAAUGUGCCCAUGAAAGAGCAGUCCACCUCUUCAUCGAUUCCAUCCUUCACCACCACCUGCAGAGCACAGCCUACUGGUGCAGUGACAUGAAUACCUUCAACAAGGGUUUGUGCCUUGAUUGCAAGAAAGGUCGAUGUAACACCCUGGGCUACCAUAUCAGGAAGCAGCGACAAAAAAAAAGCAAAAAACUCUUCUUAGUCACACAAGCACACGCCCCCUUCAAAGUUUACCAUUAUCAGUUCAAGAUCCAAUUCAUCACACAAACUGAGAAACCCAUAGAGCCAACCUUCACCAUGACUCUAAUUGGGACUAAACAGGACACUCACAGCCUUCCCAUCACUUUGGUUGAAGAAAUCACAGGCAAUAAAACCCACUCUUUUCUCAUCACACUGGAUUUGGAUAUUGGAAAGCUGACAAUAAUCAAUUUCACAUGGAAAAAAACUGCAAUGUGGGCAAAUGUGUGGGACACUUUCCAUACAAUAAUUCCCUGGGCCUCUGGACCACACCAUCCACAACUUAUGAUAAAGCAGAUCCGAGUUAAAGCAGGAGAAACACAGGAAAAAAUGACAUUUUGUUCUCGAGAUAUGGAUGAUGAACAGCUUUACCAAAAUGAAGAAAAAACCUUUGUAAGAUGUGAAAAAGGUUUAAAAACACAGAAGCAGAAAAUGAGAUGAGCUUUAAUGGAUAUCCAUCAUGAAGAAUAAAUGUAUGCUUACUGAUAAGACUAUAAUUUCCUCAAAGUUUGAGUAUUUAUUCAUAGAACAUGAAUAAAAUCUAAAUUACAUUUUUCUUAGAGGGGGAGAGAGAUUCUUCACUAUAAUGAAUAGUACUUUUAUACCCAUUAUAUAUAGAUCUUCAGAUAUGAUGAUGAUGUUCAGUUGUUUCAAUAGUGCCCAACUCUUUUAUGACCUCAUUUGGAGUUGUUUUGGCAAAGACACUGGAGUAGUUUGCCAUUUUCUUCUCCUACUCAUUUUACAGAUAAGGAAACUGAGACAAACAGGAUUAAGUGUUUUAUCCCAGGUCACAUGACUAGUAAGUUAGGCCGGAUUUGAUCUCAGAAAGAUGAAACUUCCUGGUUCUACGCUCAACACUCUAGCACCUCUGUGCCACCUAGUAACUAAAAAUUUGUUAAUAUAUUUUUUAAUCUAAUGAUAAUAUAUUCAUGCUGCCUACUGCUUUUUAAAUGGAUAGUUCUCUUUAUUUUCCUCCCUUCCUUUAAGGGCUUACUACUUUCCAAACUCUCACCUGUGGCUCUAAGGAGCUAUAGCACAUGCAGCAGCUACACCCUGGUAAAACUAUUUCAGCAAAUGGAUUAACCCAGGUUGAGGGUAACCAACUGGCCCCAAGCCUAUUUGUGAAAUAGGGAGAUGUCUACCACAAGCAUGUAAAGACUUCACCUGGUGGAAUGAGCAGAUGAGAAUAAUUUGUGCCAGUGGCCAUGAAGACAGCUGGACAAGUGCUGUGAAGCCCUUAGAACAGGUCAGGCAAAGACGUCCAGGUUAUUCACUGCAUUACCUGUCAUCGUGACUUUUGUCUUGACACUGGAUUGCAAGAAGUAUGGAGUAAAAUUGAUGACUUUGUGCAACUCUGCUUUAUUUAAAUCCUAUUCAAGCACAAGUCAAGACACCACUGUUGAUGUCACUGGUAUUCUUUGAAAACAAAUGAACUAUGCUUUACAGAAAAAUAUACAGGAAAGAUACAAUAACAAACAAAUGGAGAAAAACUCUAUUCUACAGAUUUGAUUAAGUUGGUAAUGGAUAGCUACAAUAGACUAGUACUUACUCUUUCAUAGUUCCUGCUUCUGCCAGGUCUUAUCCUCAGAGUCAGCCACUCCUGACUGGAGGACAUAAGCUGAAUAUGGGAUGGGUCCUAGAGUUCUAGAUGAUAGGUUGUAAAAGUUUCAGAUGUCUUGGGUUUUUUAAAAGCCACUUUUUCAAUUCUUAAUCUUAGGCAUAGUAGGAUACAGACUCAGAAAUGUUCUCUAUUAUUUCUGAAAAAAUGAAUCUUAAUUUCCCUAGCUGUGAUAUUGGAAGAAUGUCUUAUCUUUGUUCUUCUGAAUCCCUACUCAAGAAUGAUUUUUUUUUCUUCUUCAUUUAGAAAAAUAUGUAAGUUUGUUUGAGAAAUUCUGAAGUUUAAUAAAAUUCAUGGGUUUUUUAAAAA